CUUGAUUAUACCUCAACACACCUUGCUGAUACUUUCAGUACCUCCAACUUUACAAUUUUUUCGUAUUUCUUUCUUUUUGUUGUGACCAACAAUGGAUUCAUACCAGGCAUCCCUCCCGAACUUAACUCAACUGGCCUAUAGUCAAACUGAUUAUGACAACCUCGACUUCACGCAAGGCACGAAUCUUGGCUUCAACAACCAGUCUUUCAUCCAACCACCAACUCCUCCUUUCACUCAGUCGGUUCUGCCAUAUCAAAGCUCCCACUCUCAGUACCAGCAGACUUCACACCAAUCGUAUCAGCAGCCUUCGCACCAAUCUCAGUACCAGCACACUUCCCAAGUGGGUGCAAACUUUGGCCCUGGUAGUCAAACUACAUACUGGAGUCCAGGGCCUCGUCAAGAACCUUUAGGCCAACUGCCACGUCCAACUUCAUUAAAUGCUGGACGUGGUGAACACACAAGCUCCGGACGUGGUGGACACGCGAAUUCUUCUCUUCGGGCAAGAGGUCGCGGCCGUGGGCAAGGCCCAACUCGAACUCAACUAACUCGAAUUCAGCAAACCCCCACUUCUACCGCAACUACUCCAACUGAGCCACCUCUAUCAAUGAAACAAAUCCUCGACCAAUUCCUCCCCAAAUCGAUUGUUACAAUGCUUCCAGACAGCGCCAAGACAUUCACUCCAAUUGUCGCCAAUCAGCUUGAAGAAGUAAUGAAGAAAGUUGUUGCAAAAGAAAUCUUGGCUGCUGAACUGCGUGUUGUGGCGGCAAAGAAUUGUAAAAAGUCAUUCUCGCAAGCCGAUGGUUCUUUUUUUAUGGCUCUUGAAAAUGACCUCGACAUAAUCAGAGUGAUCUAUUGUCUUGUCAGACGUGUUUCGCCAGAAAGGGCUUCAAGGCAUAUUGGCGAAUUCAAGGCCAUGCGAGAUGCGACUCUCUGGAACGGUUUUCAAGCAAGCCCUGAAGGGCAGGAAGUAUAUCGCACUCACCGUGGAAUUAAGGGCAAAGCAAACAGUGUACUCUCCGACUUAUGGAACGAGAAGACUCUCGAUGAAAAGCUGACCUACCAACAAUAUGUUCGCAAAUCCAAAAACCUCACAUCGGUUUUGUUGGGAGCCGAAGGAGACGACUUGAACCAAACCACUGGAGACUCAUCCGACUCUGUCGAACCAAAAUCAACUGGUGAGAAUGGCUGGGUAGGUUCAGGUAGAUCGCUCGCAAGCGCUCAACAGACUGCCGAAUUGUGGCUCGCCGAAACCGAGGUGGAGGCAAAGAGGAUUGCUUCUCUGACCAACAGCAACAUAGUGAUACUUUGUGUAUCAUCACAUCUGGGACCAAAUGCGUUCCAGAUGUUUGCUGGCUCUCCGAGGGGUCGAUCCUGGCUAAAACUGAAUCAGGAAAGGUACGGCUCUGCUUAUUGCAACUGUGAGUUUCAGAGCUUCUGCACCGGGGUUGCAGUUGCCAAGCUCGACACGCCUGGCGUCAAGGCAAAGAAAUCGAUUGCUUACCCCAAACAAGACCAAGCUCGUGCAGCAUUGAAGGGACUUCUUAAAAAAACUUUUCCAACCAAAAACUACGCCUGGCCAUGGAUCAAUUGUGAGGCUCGACUGCUCCACUGGGGUGCUAAAAUUGUGCUACAUCCAGAAGCUCAAACUGAGUUGGGUUUCGUCACUCAAUUGAGCAAGAAUCUCAAUGACGAACAAGGUGACUGUAUCUCUACCGAUAUCACCAAAGGUUUGUUCGAGUUGGCUCAGGUUCCAAAGGAUUCUUCGGGUCUGAAGAAACGGGCCCCAAAACGGAAGCGUGAACAAGAAUCAGCGAGCGAAGAGGGUGAUGAAGAUGAGACCGAUGAAGAGGAAAAUGAAGAUAUCAAUGAAUAGUUUUCAUCAUGACUUUCGCAUAUUUUUCAAUCUCUUUUGUCUUCCUUUUUAACUCUAAUUUCUUCCUUUUUUAUGUUUUCAUCUACUUCAUCUUGUUAUGUCUUCAUUCGUGGUUACUACCACUUCGUUUCUUACUUUCUUUUUUCUUCUUUUUUACGUUAUCAUCUUCUUUACAUUAUCUUUGUUUUGAUGUUUUCAUCGUUCGUUCUUGUUCGUUUUUUAAUGUCUUUUGUCUUCCUUUUUUCAUCUUUACUUUCUUUUUGUUUCUUAAUUUCAUUUUAUUUUUACUAAUCCUUAGUUUCUCCAGAAUGCAGCUGCAUUGUUCAAUUCCAAACUGAUAUUUUGCCAUUGAAUCAUUGAGUUAAGAUACCAAGAUAAAGCCAAAGUGGGACACGAUAAAACCAAAGUGAGAUACAAAAAUAAAGACACUGAAAUAAAAAAUACAAUUCCUUUUAAUUCAAUCACUGCUAACAUAGAUAUUGAGAGGACAAGCAGAGAAAUAAAGUGAAAGGUGUGACUGAAAACUCCUUCAUCAUUCUGAACAACAUAUCGAGAUAUAAAAUAAUCGAUCUACUGCCUCCUUCAUAAAUAACCUAACAAACUACUACAACUACAAACUACAACAGAUAUUCAGGAUGUUGAAGCUAUUCAACAUCAUCAUCAAAUAUGUCACACUCUUGAAGGUCUCUAGUGAGCACUUCAGCUUCGCCAAGAUCCUUUAAUACCUUGAGCAUUGAUUCCUUGCUCCAUUUGAAACCCUCGAGGUCAAGUUUUUCCAAAGUCUUUACAAUUCGAUCGGAAACAGAUGGAGAUUGCUCGUAGGGUUGUGUUUUGACCGUGAUCAAGUUUUGCCACUUUGGAAUGAAGUUUGACAAUCCUGAUGAUUGUGACGAUGUUGAUGGAAGUUGAGAUGGGGUUUGAGGUGGCGGUAUUGAUUGAGAUUGAGAUGGUGGUGGUGAUCGGGGUGGGGAGGCCUCAUCAGGUCCUUCGGUUUGCGAACCUCUUUCGACUCUCUUGACUCGGACCUCAGGCGUGUCAGGGAUGUCACAAUCGUGCUGGUACUCGAGGACAAUCAUCAUGAGGUGAGUGAUUG